ACUGAACGUGCCUAGACUGCCGACAACCAAGAAGAAGAAGUAGAACUUGAGAGCUCAGCAGAGUAGUACGAACCAUAAGGAGCUCUGAUGGCAGACUGGAACGCCUAUUACCGCCACGACAAUGAGGAGGAAGAGCAGGAAGAAGGAGAUCAGUAUGGAGGAGACUAUAAGGUCACGGGGAGAGACAGUCUGGUCUUUCUGGUUGAUGCCUCCAAGGAAAUGCUCAUCAAAGGAGAAGAUGGAGAGCCUUCUAACUUUGACAAGACCAUGCAAGUGGUGCGCAGCGUCUACACCAGUAAGAUCGUCAGUAGCUACAGGGACCUGAUGGCUUUGGUUUUCUACGGCACAGAACAGAGCAAGAAUCCCAGGAACUCUUUCAAGCAUGUAUAUGUGUACCACGACCUCGAUGAACCUGGUGCAAAGCGAGUGCAGGACGUGGACGCCCUGCGGGGGGAGAAGGGAGCACAGCUGGUGUCGGAGACGAUGGGCAGCGGGGAGACGUCGCUGGGCGAUGCCCUGUGGUGCUGUGCAAACCUGUACAGUGACAUCAGACUGCGCCUUUCGCACAAGCGACUCAUGAUUUUCACUUGCAGAGAUGAGCCACACGGAGGCGACAGCGUGAAGGACCGUCAGGCCCGAACGAAGGCCAGUGACCUGAAAGAGACGGGUGUUGUGAUCGAUUUAAUGCACCUGAUGAAACCGGGCGGCUUCAAUGUCUCGCUGUUUUUUCGUGACAUUGUGAGUCCACCGGAAGAUGAGAGUGAGUUGGGGGUUCAGUUGGAGCCUUGUGACAAACUGGACGACCUUCAGAGGAGAGUGCGAGCCAAAGAGCAGAAGAAGAGAGCCAUGGCCAGGAUUAACUUAUGUCUCGGUGAGGGCAUAAAUGUAGCAGUGGGAGUUUAUGCAACUGCUGUGACAACGCGGAAACCCGGCGCUAUCCGACUGUACCGGGAAUCCAAUGAGCCCGUCCGCAGCAAAACCCGAACCUUCCACACUCAGACUGGCAGCCUGCUGCUGCCCAGUGAGACAAAGAAAGCUCAGGUGUACGGUAAGAAACAGAUCGUGAUGGAGAAGGAUGAGGUGGAAGCAGUCAAGAAGUUUGAAGAUCCUGGAAUGUUUCUGAUUGGGUUCAAACCCAUGGACAGGCUCAAACUGCACCACCACGUCCAGCCAUCCGUCUUCAUCUAUCCUGAGGAAGAACAAAUCAAAGGCAGCGCAUGCUUGUUCACCGCAUUGUUGAUGAAAUGCAGCGAGAGGAACGUGUUUGCCCUGUGUCGCUACACCCCUCGCCGGAACUACCCACCUCGAUUUGUUGCCCUCGUGCCGCAGAGAGAAGAGGUUGAUGAGGCAAAAGUACAGAUUAUACCACCAGGAUUCAAUGUCAUUUCUCUGCCGUAUGCUGAUGACAUACGGACUCUCGACCCCCCGCAGUCACCGUGCGCCACACCGGUGCAGGUGGACAAGAUGAAGGAAAUUGUCUCUAAGCUUCGCUUCAAAUACAGGAGUGAGGCGUUUGAGAAUCCAGUGAUCCAGACGCAUUUCAGGAACCUGGAGGCUUUGGCUUUGGACAUGAUGGCUCCAGAAGAAAUAGAAGACCUCAUCAUGCCAAAAGUGGAUCAGAUUGACUACUGUCUAGGUCUUCUUGUUGAGGAGUUUAAGGACCUGGUCUACCCUGCCGACUACAACCCAGAGACCAAACCAUCUGCCAAACGCAAAACAGCCGAUAGCGGAGGUGGAGCUGAAAAGAAACCCAAGAUGGAGCUGACGGAAGACGAACUGAGGGCACACGUGCAGAACGGCACCAUGGGAAAGCUGACGGUGACCGUGCUGAAGGAGGCCUGCAAGCAGUUUGGGAUCAGGACCACUGGGACCAAGAAGCAGGAACUGAUCGACGCGCUGACAGCCAAGCUGGACUCAUGAAACUGAUCUCAGUUCAGCGCUUCCUGUUGUCACCUGAUUCAUUUCCGCGUUCCAGUAAACGUAUUUCUGCAUGUGUCCAUGUUAACUCCAUGGCUGAUGUGUCGCUAUAUGAGGGUUACGUUGGAUGGAAUAUAAUAAUUGUGAUCAGGAGUUAUCAAAUGUACUUAUGUGAUGGGAUAAAAGAGUUCUCUGUGUUGAGAGAUAUUCUGAUCCUGAACUUUAUAACAUCACUGCAGCUCAGAAUGAACACUGUUGAUCUGCAUUUGUAAUAAAACUGGAAUCAUUUUGUAGCACUCGA